AUGGCUACGGAACCAUCCUCAAUCCCGGAUGAUACCGAGAUCUUCAGACAGCUCGAGCAUUAUCCUUGGAGCAAAGACAAAGAGUUCCAGGGUGGUCUGUCAGCAAUCCUCGGACCUUCCCCUUCCCCCUCACAAGUCGAGGAUCUCACUAUCCGGGCUCAGUGCUUCUACCUCUCUCGCAAAAAGUCAAUUCCAAUUGACUUUGACGCCUACAAGUCUUAUCUAGCCAACAAAUCCGGCAACCCAUCCACGGCCCCCUCAACCGUUCCCCAAGAACCCCACCCGGACGUAGCAUCUUCGUCCAAAGCUGAAGUCCCUCAACUAGCCGGCACCAUGCAACCCCAACCACACCCACACCACGAAUCCGACCUCCCACCCGCCACAAUGUCUACAGACACGUCAGGCUCCGAGAAGACUGCCCCCUACCCUCCUACUUUCGCCCAAAUCGUCGAGCUUAUUACAACCGGUGCUCCCAUCCCAGGCAUCAAGGACAUCCCGCCCACAUUGUUAACGUCGCAAAUCACCGACCCCCAAGCCCCGCGCAGAAGAAAGCCGUGGGAGAAGGAUGUACCAGAUGGAGUCAUUGCGGGUGGCAUUGGAGAGGGAACGUUUGGUGAUGCCAGACGCGAUAACCCAAUUGAGCAGGAGUUGCCCGAGGGUGGUCAGUGA